AAUAGUGAUACCAGUAAGUUACCGCAAAAAUACAAUAGAAAGUCUAACAUUAUGCCCCUCUGAGUGCUACAUCCUGUAGAGGGGUAGUUAUCACCUUACCGUUUCAUUUAUGUGGUUAAACGGUUUUAUCAUUGCAGAGAUUAUCCACUAAUGCCAUGUUUGUUUACAUGUCUCUUAAAGCACAAACUUGACUGUCUGAGCCUUGCAGGAAUGCUUGGAUCUCUUGGCCAGGUGUUGUAAAUUUAAUUGGCAGCAUUUAACUUGCCAACUUGACCCAAUGAACAACUGUAAAAACCUUUUUCUUGUAGUGUAGGUCUGUGUCAAGAGGGUGGGUGGCCCAAUGCAUGUGUGAGUUAUGUGGGUGAAAGAGAGUUUGUGCGUGUUACAGCAGUGCAGACAGUUCUGGUGGUUAUUUUGAAAGUGACCCCCUCUCUGCCGCGGACCGCUCACAGCUGUCGGGACUCGGGAAGCAUGACACAAGAUGACGGAUACGGUUGUCGUAGAGGGACAAGUCAGAAUUCGAGAGGGAAAAAAGUGGAAAAACAGAUGGGUGAUUCUUCGGAAACCUUCGCCGGUAGCAGACUGCCUGUCCUUGCUGGUGUAUAAGGGGCGUGGAGAGAAGAGUAAAGGACAGCGGGAGAGGAGUCGAGCCACGUUGAGGGAUAUCUGUGGGCUGGAGGCUCUUCAGGGGUUUGAUGGAGUGAAUUACGUGCUCAGUCUGCUCUGCCUGAGCCAGUCUGUCAUGCUGGGCUUCGACAACAAAGCGUCUCUUCUGGCCUGGGAUGCUCGUAUCCGCUACAGCCUUGGAGAGGUCCACAGGUUCAACGUCAAUGUCCAGCCUGGCACCAAACUAGAAAGUGGCCCCGCCUCGCUGCAUUUGUGCAACAACUUGGUUGUCAUCGCCAGAGACCUCCCUCCAGCUGUCAUCGGCCAAUGGAAACUGUCAGACUUGAGGCGUUUUGGUGCUGUUCCGAAUGGAUUUGUCUUUGAGGGAGGGACAAGAUGCGGCUACUGGGCUGGUGUUUUCUUCCUAGCAUGUGCAGAAGGAGAACAGAUCAGUUUUUUGUUUGAUUGCGUCGUUCGUGGCAUAUCGCCAAGCAGGGGCCCGUUUGGACUGCGUCCAGUCCUGCCAGACCCCAGUGCUAACCCGUCAUCUAAAGAAGACAGGAUUAGCCAGGAGGCCAGUGAGCUAGAGAGACGACUCAGUAUGCUGUCGAUUUGUAGUCACCACAGCAGUUCAGCCUCCACCUUCAGUUAUGGCGCCUCCUUGGCAGGAGAUGAUCGGAGCAUCUCCAGCUCCUCCUCUGAGACCAGCCAUUCUGAUAACAGCCUAGGAAGCCGCCUGGCGAUAUGGCCUGAGCCGGUCAGACACCCCACCCCUGUCGAACCAUCAUUAUCAUCAUCCCUGUUAGGGGUUACAGGAUCUAAGAGUAGAGCCUGUUCUGUCAGCACGUCCAGUGAUGACCGUCUAUAUGGAGCGAUGAUGGGAGGGCUUCGUCCACCAUCCAAACCUCCUCACCCUAGAGGCCUUCAAGAGGCGGGACGCCAAAGCUCAACAGACAGUGGUAUCGCCACCGGAAGCCACUCUUCGUAUUCUGGAAGCUUCUCCUCCUACACCGGUAGUAUGGAUAUUGGGCAUGGAGAGACUGAUGAGUUUGGAUCCUCAACAAGCCUCCCUCAAAACCCCAAUUCAAACUCUAACUCCCUUAUCAACACUCCAGUACCGACAAUUCCACUAAUUCCUGAGCACAAACCAUGUGUUUGUCAACUCAGAGAGGCUGCUCAAAUGCAGGCCACCGUGUACCAGGUACCCAACCCACCUCUGCAGCAUUAUGACAUCCCCCGCAAGCUCCUACAACACCAAUCAUCCAAUCAGGAACAGUUUUUGACUGUUGCAAGCCAUGGACAAUGGCCUGAAUGUGGAGCCCCGGGACUAGAGGGCAUCCAUGCAGAUGCCACCCCCAAACAAACUGUCCUGCAAAGAUUCAAGUGGUGUGGCGAAGGAACAGCGCCCCCUGAAGGUUCCACCACACCACAAUUACAGCCUGCCACCUGUCCCGACUGUGGGGGAGGAAAGGUGGAGGAGAGGAGCAUGUGUGAGAUGAGAAGCAGUUCUGAGGAGCAAACUGAUGCUGAUCUAAAAGGCAAUUAUGAACAGAUGGCAUUCAUGACUGAUGCAUCCAGGUGGCAACAGUUCAGAGCUGGAGAGUGUGGAGAGACUGGACUGACAGUUAUUGACAAACUUCAAGGUGAUUCUGUUAACUAUGUAAAUAUCCCCAUCAGUCCUAUGUCUAAACGCCAGCUGCACUACAUGGAGUUGGAUCUGCAGGACCGUCCAGAGUCAAGCCACACUGUCAGAGCGGUUGGCUCCAGUACUAAAUACGCCUACAUUGACAUCACUGCAACGGAGACAGCACAGAGGGUGGGAGCCCAGCAUGCUCAGGGCCGAGAGGAGAGACUACAGAACCAAGAACAGAAGAGGAGAGGAACACUCACCUGAACAUAUAACAAAGUGGAGUCAAAACGUCUGAGACAACAUUGAAAAAAAUUCUUUAAACCUAGUUCUUGCAUUUUAUUUAUUUAUUUUUUUAAAGAAAAAUGUAUAUAUUAAAUAUGAAAUAUUUUAAGAUGCUGUCAUAUUUUUAGGUCACUUUUGUGAAUCAUGAGAAUUUUUUUUAUUUAUAAUUUCUUCAUUUUCUUGCAUCCACUGAAGUACAAAAUGUGGAUCAUCAGGUUUUACACAACCUUUUGGAGCAACUCCAUGCCAUUUGUCAUUUUUAAAUCAACAAAGAAGAUACCAAAUAUUAAGAAAUUAAUAAAUUCAUAUGCAUUUUGCAGUUUUAUAUAUAUUUUUUUCUUAAAUUAUGCUGAAAAAUGCAAAGUAGAAUAAUUUUUGGUAGUUGUUUCAGACUGCACUGGAUAUCAUUGGUUCUCAACCUGGGGUCCAAGGCCCACUAGGGGGCCUCAGUAUGAGUCAAAUACAUAGAAUUUUAAGUUUUAUAAAUUUUAUGUUAAAAAGAAUGUUAAUGUUAAAAAAUUUUAAAACUCUAAUCUAAAAUCUAAAAUGAGGAAUUGGAAAAUACAUACAACCAAGAUAUAAACUUUUCAUUCAUAAAAUGAAAAAUAUAGGAGGGCCUUCAAAUAUUUGGUUGCACAGUGGCCUUCAGUUGAGAACUGCUAUACAGAAUAUACUAAUUGUAUUUCUGCAAUGUAAUCUCUGUGCAACUUUGUGGGUGAAUGUAUUAUUUUCCAUGAUUAAAAUUAGCAUGGAAUUAGAAAGGAUAUAAAUUUGAAAGCAGACCCUAAAUGCAUCAACUUUGACUGGUGACUGUAAAUAUAUACUUUCUUUUGUGACCAAUUUUGUUCUGUACAUUUACUCUUGUAAUUAUUUCAUAAGAAACAUAAUUUUUUUUUUUCAAAUAUUUUCAGAAAAUUUCUAUAUUCACUACAGCAGUAUAAAUAAAAAUGAUACAUCAGUGA